AUGGCCACCGAGGCAACGUGGACAGCAGAUAUGGAAGUUAAACUCUUUAGAGCAAUGAAAGGACACAAGCCAGUAGGAGUUCAUAAACAUUUUCAAAUGGCUUUUAUUCAUCAACGCCUUCAAGAAUUAACAGGAGAAAACUUAUCUGUGAAGUCUGUAUGGGAUCAUUUGAAUACUCUGUAUGAUCUUGCAGCAUUGGAUGAAAUGGAGAUUUAUUCCAUGCCAACUGAAGAAGUUGACUUUUCACUCCCGGAAGAUUACAUCUCAGAGAGUGCUCUUCCUAUUGUCGAUGACGAUAGUUCACCAGCACGAAAGAGAGCUAAGGCUUCUACUCCUCAACCCUCGUCACCAGGGAUUAAAAGGAAGCGGUGA